UUUUUGUUUAUAUUCUCAUUUUCUCAGUAGCUGAUUUUCCAUAAUACUUUUUAAUAUAAUUAAAUUUUGAUAAAGAUAUUUAACCCAAUUUGGCAAUCUGUUGAAAAUAUGUCCAAAAGGAACUACGAAAACGCUUUUAGCGAAACAAAAUUUAAAACUAUAGAUAACGGACGUCAAACUAACAAAAAACAUACUUUGGAUAGUGAUGAGGAAGAUGACGAAAUUGAAGAGGAUAAUGUCUUAAAUACUGAUGAUAUCGAGGGAGAGGAAGAAGGAACAGCCAGACAAGAUGGGGAACAAAAAAUGACAGCAUUUAACAUGAAUGAAGAAAUGGAAGAAGGUCAUUUUGAUAAGGAUGGUCAUUUUAUUUGGAACAAUGAAAAAGAAAUAAGAGACAGUUGGCUUGACAACAUCGACUGGCAGAAAAUUAAAGAAAAUGCAGAAAGUGACAAAAAGUACAGAGUAUAUGAAGAAGGUUUGGGUGCUGAAAGUGAUUCUGAAGAUGAAGACGAACAUUUUGAUGAGAUUGGUUCAUACAAAAAAAUGUUGAAGUAUAUGAAUCCCAAAGAGACUGUUAAUAAGGCAUUAAAACGUUUAGGGGGUGCUGAUAUGAAAUUAUCAAGUGUCGAAAGGCUAAAACGUAAAAAGGCUGGAACUUUAACUGGCUCUCAAGAUGUUACCGACCUUACUGAACUAGCAAAUGAAAUUUUAACAAAGCUAGGUAAUAUGGAUGUUUACCAAGAAACUUACGAGCAUAUUAAAAGUAAAGUUGAUGCUAGUGAAAAUAAGAAACAAAAAGUUGUUAAAGAAGCUGAACUGGAUAUGUAUGCUGAUGAUUUUGAUGAGAAGGAGAAAGCAAAAAUAGUAACAACUUCGAGUAGCAAUGAGGCAGUUGAUGAUGAUAAAGAUGUUCCUAAAGUAAGUACGCCAUUAAUGUGGGAAUUUAAAUGGAAAAUUGAGGAUGAGGAUGUACAAGGUCCGUAUUCUACCUCACAAAUGGUGAAAUGGUCGCAAGAAAAUUACUUUAAAAGUGGGGUAAUGGUUAGAAAAUGUGGAGAAGAUUCCAAUUUUUAUUCUUCGAGCAGAAUAGAUUUUGAAUUGUAUGAAUAAAUAAUUAUAUGUUUGAUUUUAUUGUUUGUAUUAAUAAUUUGUAAAUAUGUUUAUUAUUUAUACUAUUAAAAUCGAGAAUACCUUAUUAA